UGCUCGCAAUAUUUCUAAUUUGAUAACAAAUCUCGGAUGUUUAAACGAAUUGUUGAAAGAUAAUUCUAUGAAAAUUUUAAAUUUAAUUGAGAUCCUUGAGAAUUGUGGGAUGGAACAUUUAAUUGAUGAUAAAGUUGUUGAUACAUUAAAUUCAAUCUUCAACAUUUUAAAUGAAUAUUCAAACAAGAAUGAAAUAAUUGAACAGAUAUAUUGGAAAGUCACAAAAUUAAUUCUUAGAAUGAUGGAAAAUAUUAAACUUGAAUUUACAUUCAAUGAUUCAAGUGGCAAUCAUAGAAACUUGUUAAAUAAAGUCCAAUGUCAAAUCCUUGUAAUGCAAAAUCAAAAUGAUUGUAAAGAAAUUGAAGAUUUAUUAUCAAACAUGGAAAAUGCCUUUAAUAAUUCUUGUCGUGACGAGGAAACUCAAGAAAAAAUCGAUAUCUUUAAAAACGUUAUCUGUAAUGAUAUGAUGUGGAAGUCUAUUGUCAAUUCAAAGAAUGUCAUCGAAAUCAUGAAAAUAAUAUCAGAAAAUUUACUUCAAAUUAUUCUUGAAGGAAACAGAAAAAAUGAUUUUAUUGUGGAUUAUUUAAGAAUAUUAUGUUUAUCAACAAAAAUUCAAGAAUCUGAAGAUUGGAACAAUUUUUUGACGUUGAAAAUGGAAGCAACAUUUGAUAAAUUAAAUGCCAGCGAAAAGAUGAAAAUAUUAAUUAUGUUCAUGGAUGUAUUGAGAGAGUUAUAUAACAAUCAACUAAGUAAUUGGAUCAAGAACAUGUUGAUUUCAAAAUUGACUGACGUCCUAAUGGUGACAAAGGAACAACAAAUUGAACUCUCGAUAGAAAGAAGUGUUAUAAAGAUGGAAUCAUAUCUAGUGGAAGCAUCAGAAACAACUCUUUUUGAUAUUUUACGACAGCGAUUCAAAAUAUCCAAAUUCUUAUCAGAAAUAACAGAUGCAGAUGAAUUUUCCCAAAUAAUCGAAUCAUGCAUGGAAAAUUUCUCAAAAGAAAGUAAGAAGAAGCUGAGAUACUUUCCGAAUAGUUUCAUUCAUCGAAUGAAGCUUCACUGCUUACAACCGAUAAUAUUCUGCAAGAUAAUAUCAGAAAGAACAAAGGAAAUUCUUUUAGAAGAACUUUUUCAUAUCAACAAUCAGCCAAACAUUAAUUAUUUAAUCGAAAUCAUUCUUGCCCGACAUCACUCUCAAAUUACUGAAAUCUUAAAAGGAAACAUAAAUCUAGAUAAUUUAAAAUCACCUGCGAUUAAGUCACUGAUUACAAUAGCGACAAUGCAAUUGAAAUUUUAUUAUUAUUUCAUUCAGUCUACGGAGAGUUUUCUACAUACAAUUGAAGAGAAACUUGAAGUUUUUUACGACUUCCUUCUGCCUUUCACUAUGGGACAGAACUACAGUGUUCGUACUUAUGCACAGACAGCAAUAUUGACAAUUUAUGAUUAUUUCAAGUCACUCUCAAAUCUACAUGAUUCAAAUGUAAUGAGAAGAGUUGAAAAGACUUGCACAAUAAUCAAUGAAUCUGUUAUAUUGAGAAACUAUUUGAAGCAUCUCGACAUUCUAAAACAAGAUUUUCGAUUUAAAUUGGAAUUUUCACAACUCUUUACUGUCGAUACAUUUUAUCAUCACAUUCCUCGCAUCACAAAUAUGAGUGAAGAAAUUAUUGUUCCCGAUCAUUAUGAUGAGAAUUGUGAGUUAUUGAGAAAGAUCAAUGGAAUGAUGUUCAAGACAUUUGAUGAAAAAACAAAUCAUAAAAUUAUUAAAGUACAAGAUGACUUGGAAAUCUCGUCAGCGAAUGAAGAAAGCUUGCAAAUGACAUCAAUAAAUUUGCAACAAAAAUAUGUUCCUUUUAAGUAUCAAAUUCCAGGAGAAAAAUCACUUCUGAGUAUGCCGCACAAAUUUAUCAACGACAACAUGCAACUAUGCUUGAAACCACGAUCGGAACUAAUAGUAGUCGCCUCUCUUAUAGAUAAAGCACCAAAUCUUGGAGGCUUAGCUAGAACGUGUGAAGUCUUUGGAGUAGAAAAUUUUGUUGUCCAUUCAUUGACAAUUGCAGAUAAUAAUGAAUUCAAAAGUUUAAGUAAAACAGCCGAAAAAUGGAUAAAAAUGACAGAAAUUAAACGUUGGCAAGUUCUUGAUUAUAUCUUAAUGAUGAAGAAACUUGGCUUUGCUAUUAUUGGAGCGGAACAAAGUGGAAAAAGUCUUCCAUUAACCGAAUCACAAAUCCCAUCAAAAUCAUUACUUUUAUUAGGAAAUGAAAAAGAAGGCAUUCCUGCUAAUUUGCUAUCUCUUCUCGACUUAACUAUUGAAAUACCACAAAUGGGUGUAGUUCGAAGUUUAAAUGUUCAUGUGACUGGUGCAUUAAUUAUUUGGGAGUACACAAAACAACAUGCGUUAUAAUUUUGUUUGAUUAAAAGACAUUCUAAAAAAUCUUUAUUAGAUAUUUUUUUAAUUCUGCUGCAGAAAUGUUUAAAAUUCUAAAAGUCUCAAUGUUUACCUUAUUCCAGUGAAUAAAUUUGUUACACGUAUAGACAUAUAAAAUUUAAGAAAUAUUUUUGAAAUUGAAACCACGAAAAGCAUGGAAAUAUUUUAUGUUCGAGUAUAUAUGUUGAUUAUCCAAAGUUAUUGCUUUACUUUAAUAUGACGCUAGAUAAAUAUUAAUACAGAGAGAAAUAUAAGCUUUGGUUCGAUUGUAUUAAUUGUACCUAUGCUUAUGUGAUGUUCAUGAUAAGAAAGUCUUAUAGUCAUGAAUUUAUUUUAGAAAUAUUAAAAAUUAAAAAACUAUUGAUCGCUUUUAUGAAUAAUUCGACAUAUUUUAAUUCUAAUGAUGUUUGGUUUUAUGCGGUUUUAUAAUUUUGAUCGUCGAUUUUAAUCCAAUUCUAAUUUAACACCUUAUCACCUUCUUUAUAAUCACCAACCCAAUUUCGAUUAACUUUGCCACUUUUAGGGUAACAUGAACGUUAAAAAAUUUCUCACACAAAUUAUUUCCUUCAAUUUUUAAUAUUUAGAAAAAGUCAAAGCGAAUGCUAAAACGAUCAUUACUUUUCCAAUGCUGAUAAUAUUUGAAUCACUUUUCUGGUCUGGCGUCUUCAGGUAUUGCUUACAUGGAGUCUCCUUUCUAACGAAACGAAAGAGAGCUUCCAUUAAGUUUGCUGGUGUUGAUUCCUUACAUUUCUCCAAUUCUUUGACCACACACGCCUCAAGCUUAUCCAUAUCAAUACAAUUUUCUUCCUUAAUCACAAGUGAUGGUAAAUUAUCGAUUGUUGGCAUCUCAUUAUUGAAAUAUUUUCCCAUUGUUAUGUUGAAGCAGUCCUGAAGUUCAUCUUGUUUUGAACUGAAGCAUUCUGGGCCUUCUUCAGCAAUAAAUA